AUGGCGCUCCUAGUUUACGGCGCAUUUUUGGCGACUUCAAUGUUUGUCUUCAUCUCCCAGCGAGUUCAGUCAACCGAUGACUUCGAAGACGGGAAUACCGUAGAGAACAGCGACGGUCAAAGACGAGAAAUUGCAAAGGAAGAAGACGUGUGGUGGAGAAAAUUCAUUUGCGCCAAGCACCUUCACCCGCUUUUAGUUCCAUUCAAGCUUCCUGUUUUGUACAGAGAUAUCAUUCCUUCAAGAAGUCAAUACAACAUAUUCCUGGUGGAAUCUUCCUGCAUCCAGAGACCUGCCUAUCGUUCAAUCUGCUCAGUAGAGAGCUACGCCCGGCAAAACCCCACUGCCGAAGUGUGGUACGUGAUGGUCGCUCCCAGCGCUGACGAUGCCGACGGCCUUCUGACGAAGCUAUCGAAGCAGUACCUGAACCUCCACUUUGUCUCGGCUGAUCUAGACCUGCUUUUUCGAGGGCUUCCUACGUACGAGCUCUUCACUUCGCGUUUGUGGAUGAAGUCACGCUGGCUCGAAAUCCAUCUCUCCGAUAUGAUGCGUUUGGCCCUCCUGGGUCAGACUGGGGGUCUCUUCAGCGACACAGAUACAGUUUGCAUGAGGGACCUGACGUCCCUGACGAAUUUCGUCGGGCGCGUGACGAAAGAAUUCAUCAACAACGCCAUAUUCCACUUCCAUCGGGGGAAUCCAAUACUGCAGAAGAACCUUCAGAGGCAGAACGAUUUUUUCGGCGUCGAAGAACGAGGCAUCAAUGGUUUAGUGGUGAUGACGGACGUGAUCAAAGAAGCCUGCAACUUCACUGUUCCGGACCAAUGGGAAGAUUUUGUCGUUCAAAGAUGUCAAAACGUCCUCUUGAUGCCCAGUAAAGCAUUUUAUCCCAUUCCCCUGAAGAGAAGUGGAGACAUCUUCAUGGAAAAUCUUGGAGAGAAUCUAAUGAAGGAAAUAUCUUCGAGUUACAUCGUCCACAUGUGGUCUGGAGUCUCAGCCCUUUCUCCUGUCAGGAUUGGAAGCCGUAGCCUCUACGACACCCUCGCUGCUUCCUUUUGCCCUUCGACUCGAGACACUGCAAACUCAACGAAGGGAGCCAUCAGGUACUACGGAGAAGCCUUGCCCGGCCGUGCUUGGCAUGGAGGAAUAGGGAGACCCUGA